GUGUUGUGGGGAGAUCUAUACUUUCCACACCCCUUGGUUUAUUGUUCGCCGUACUCACCGAGUAAUGACUCGUGGUGUCUUGAGUAUCGCACGAACGCUCUGACCACUAGGGAUUGGGAGGUUCAUGCAGAAAUACGUACCGCGAGUCCGGUCUUUGACAUUCCAUCUAGAGGCACCUUUGUAUCGCAACAUCUUGAGGGCUCUUCGGCAAUCACCUGUCGCUCAGCCGCCCCUCCCAAACUUGCAGCGACUUGAUUACCGCCACGUCAUUCCCGAGGACUACCAUCUCCUGGACAUUUUCUUUGUGCCAUCCCUGACAGAUCUUACUGUCGAGGUUGAUCCUGCCGGCUUUCCCGAUAUCUCAUUUAUCUCACCUCUUCCCGCCUCAUGCCCCCAUUUAACAUCUUUCCGUCUUUUCGGUUACGAGUCUCACGAACCCCUCGUGGCCACUGUGUCAAAUGUCAUUAUGAGUCUUCCUCAUCUUCAGGCGCUUCAUUGCGAUCAACUCAGUCAAGCGGCAAUCACAUUCGUUGCAUGGCACUCAUCGCUGACCGAACUGGACAUCAGUAUCCCGAAUGACCAUGCGUACAAUUUUUCACAGUUUCCGCAUCCUACUCUUCCUAGAAUGCCACCCUUUUCCCGUAUCAAAAGCUUCAGGAUGAAUUCCGUUUGGCUGACUACCAUCGGUGCAUUUAUUAGGCGGUCCAAUUCUCACCUUCUCGUUUGCGUAUUACGACGAGCCAUGCAUCAUCACCUGAAGAUUUGGAGGUGGUUUUCAGUAUCUUGUCAAAUCAAUGGAGGCAUGAAUCCCUGCAACUUCUUCGACUGAAGUCCUCUCUCCCGGGUGCACCCAUUGAUAUAGAUACCAUCAAGCCUCUACUUUGCUUCUCUAAGUUGCGAGAACUUCAUCUAUUGACGGGCAACGCCAUCCGUUUCUCAAACGUACAAGUCCGGCUCCAUCAUACCAUUGAAUAAAAAGCCAGAACCU